UGAAGUUCCAGAGAACAGCUUCUGAGAACAAGGAGAUUAAGUCUGGACCAGGCACCCAGUUAUUUGUGCGUGUCCUGUAUGUUCUUGAGUUUGGUCCUGGUUGAUACAAGCAUGGCUGAAGACAAAGCCUGCAAGACUCUAAACAGCAUCCAUUAAAGGUAAACCUGGGAAGCAGAGAAGUUAGUUCAGGCCUAUUUGUAUUGAUGAAUUAAUGAUUAUGAAUUUUUUUGUAACAAAGUGAAUAGGAUAACAGAAACUCAGAACCAUAGAAAUAUACAUCAACAGAGUUUUGGGGACUUUAAAAUUUUAGCACCUUUGAGCCAUGGAGAGACAAAGAAGUUGACAGUUUUGGGGGACAAAGAGAAUGUUUUAUAGUUCUCAAGAGUUAAAAAUAAAAAGCAAGUUGUACAUGAAACAUUGUGAAUGAGAUCAGCAUGAGAUGUCUAAGAGCAACAUUGGACCCUAGAAGACAAGGAGUAGUGGCUUCAAGAUUCUUUGGGAAAAUUAUUUUCAACCUAAAAUUUUAUACCCAGCUAAUCUAUAGAGUUUGCAAGAUCACCAAAAACUGCCUUUCACACCUUUAUGUUUUACCAAAAUAAGGGUUGAACAAAGAAAAAGUAAGAAUGAGAGUUUGACAGCACAUUCUGUUGGGGACAAUAUGUGGAUGCAGGUACAUCAUAUUUUACUCGCAGAAAUGCAAAAUUACGUAACUCAUAAGGAGAUGAAUUUGGCAAUAUGUAGCAAAAUUAUAUACACAUAUUACAUAACUACGUAUUACCCUGUGACCCAACAGUUCCACUUCUAGAAAUUUAUCCCAAAGAUCUGCUAACAUAAGUGCAAGAUGACUUAUGCCUCGGCUCUUUAUACAACACUAUUUGUAAGAGCAAAAGAUGAGCUGCUCGAUUACGGCAUAGUCACACAAUUGGGUACUAUGCAACUUGCAAAGGGCACGAGGAAGACCUCAGCACUCCACCUCACAGGGACCCAAGGGAUAUUGUCAAAUAGGAAGAGCAAUAUGUAGAACAGUGUGUGAAGGAGAACACUACAAUAAUAAACUAAAAUUUUUCAAAGUUUUAAAAAUUUACCUUAAGGGAGGGAGGGAACAGGGCUGAAGGGACAGGGAUGAAAGCUCGACUUCUCUGAAUGUGCCUCACCUUAAGUUUUGACUUUGAAAACAUAUGGAUGUUUUAAAUAAUUAAUAAAAGAAAUCCAAAAUAAAUCUAAAUUACUAAAUCUAAAAUGAAACUAUUAAUAAUUAAUCUGACUACAUAUUGACAGCUUCUCUAGACAAAGAUUAAUUAUUUUAAGGGACUUUAAAGCACAAAGUUUGAGCUUAAGUUCACUGAGAAGCCAGCCCGGAGACAAGGAUUUGAGGGCAAGUAACCCCUUCACCCCUGGUGAAGUCAGAUAGUCAAUAAGGGAGGAGUUCCCAUGCCCACUACCAUGUGGGUGACUGGAGCUUAAUCUAGUUGGGAAGCUAUGGAAAUGCUACAGGAUUUGGGAAAUUCAUCAGGGUCAAUGACCUGGUUUAUUUAACAAAUAAAUGGCAAAGGAAAAAGGAGGGAAGGGGAAUUCCUUUAGAUUAAAAGAGGUUUAAGAGACAUAACAGAAUGUGAUACAUCGAUCUUAUUUGGAUCCUGAUUUAAACAAACCAGCUGCAACAUUAUAUUUAUGAGACAAGAAAGAAAAUUUGAAUGCUGACAAAUACUAAAUGAUAUUAAGGAAUUAUUAUUGAAUUUUAAGAAUAAUAACGGUAUUUCGAUUGUUUAAAAAAGAAUUCUCAACUCUGAGAUAUACAUGCUGAAGUAGUUAUGCAUGAAAUAUCAUGUCUGGUAUUCGCUUUAAAAUAAACCAGUGGGUGACUUAUUUCACUUAACAUAAUGUCUACUAGGUUCAUCUAUGUUGCAACAAAUGGCAGGAUCUCCUGUUUUAAGACCCAAUUAUAUCCCAUUGUGUGUUUGUGUAUGUACAGACAUUUAUGUUGCUUCCAUAUCUUGCCUGUUGUGAAUAGUGCUGCAAUAACAUUGGGGUGCAGAUAUGUGUAUGAGAUGGUGAUUUCAUAUACUUUAGGUAUAUACCUAGAAAAGGAAUUGCCGGGGCAUAUGGCAGUUCUAUUUUUAAUUUCUCUCACUUAUAUGUGGAAUGUAAAAAAAAAAGCAAAAUAAAAACAAAAACUCAAAUCCGUAGAAACAGAGUAGAACAAUAGCUACCAGGGGCGGGAGUAUGGAGGAAAUGGGGAGAUGGAGGUCAAAGGGUACAAAAUUUCCAUUAUGUAGAGUGAAUAAGUCUAGAGCAUGAGGACUAUAGUUAAUAAUACUGUAUUAUAUACUGGAAAUUUGCUAAGAAGGUAGAUUUUAGGUACUUUUACCACCCACAAAAAGUAACUAUGUGAGAUAUGGAUAUAUUAAUUUGCUUUAUUGCAGUAAUCAUGUCACUAAGUGUAUACAUAUAUCAAAACAUCAUGUUGUACACCUUAAAUAUAUACAAUAAAAAUACAUAACCCAGUGGAUGGUGGGAGACGUAUAAAUGAAACCAGAUCAGCCAUUUGUUGAUAAUUGUUAAAGUCCCAUGAUGAAUACUUUCUCUCUGUUUGUAUGUGUGUUUACAAAUUUAUUAUAAUAAAAAGUUUAUUUAAUCCAAGCCUAUAUACUUCCCUGAAAAAUCUUUAACGUCUGGAGUUUCAAACACAGUAUAAGGAAAUCUGGCAGAAAGUUUGGGGAUGAACUGAUGACAACAAAGCAAAUGAAAAUAAUGAGACCAUUAAAAACUCCUAAGAAAACAAAAAGCUGUACAAGAAAGGAAACAUAACCAUGACAUAACACAAAGCCCAAUUGUGAACAAUGCCCAUUUAGUCAUAAUACUAUAAGUGCUGAAUACGGAUAGAACAAAACAUUACACUGUGUCUAUAACAGGAGGAUGCGAGGAGGGGAAGUGUGGGCGGCAGGUGGAGGGAGACAUAAGAGAGCUAAGCCACCAUCUUCGGUAGUGGUAGGCAUAUCCAUAAUACAUAAAACUGAAAAACUGAGAAAUAACAGUAAAAACAUGUUAUUUAGAAACACACAGAGAGAAAUGCCCAAAGACUCAGCUAAAGUAGUUAAUAGUGGUUGGUCUGUAAUUUUUGCAAGGACAGGAAACCACUGGUUUUCGUGAUAUGCCUUAUGUGACUUUUAAAACAAUGUACCUUGGGAAGAAGGGAUGGAGGGAGGGUGAGAGGAAAGAGAACAAGGGAAUGACAGGGUCACAUCUGCAUUUUAGCAAGGUCACUGGGGUCUGGUUUCCAAGUGUGGGUUGAAAGGGUUGAGAAGUCAAGUCAGUGAGGCCAGUUGAUUGGCUGUUAUAACAGGAAGAGUAAUGAUAAAAUUUACGAAGGGAGAAAAUCGGAGACGAGAGAUUGGGGUGGGAGGUGGAGCAGGGUGAGCCAUGAGGGCGAGUGUUGUGCCACAGAGUAACUUGCCAUCCUCAUUUCUCUUCUCUGUCCUUCCUCUCUCUGCCCUUGCCCUGAUGGAAGCUAAGCCCUCUCCCCCAGAGAUUUCUGGCCCCUCCAACAGGGCCAGCCCGGGCCAGCUACUGAACCUCACCUGCACAUCAACUGGCUUCUUUCCCAGAGACAUAAAUGUGAAAUGGUUUGAAAAUGGUGUGGAGCUUCCAGCCUUUCAGACCCUCGUCUCCCCGCCUAGAGAUGCUUCCUCCUACACCGUCGUCAGCACUGCCCUGGUGAUGUUGGCUGUGUCCUCAAUCCACUCCCAGGUCACUUGCCAAGUGGCUCAUAGUGAACUGCUGAGACCCCUCAGAGAGCAUGUGAACAUCUCCCAAUUCCUCCGAGUUGUGCCCACAGUGAAUAUCUCAGCACACCACGUCCCAGUACUCCAGGCAGCCAUCCUCACCUGCCAUGUCCAAAGGUUUUACCCCAAAGACAUACAAAUCACCUGGCUGAAGAGGAACAGGAGCUUCGAGACGUUUGGGGCCCUUGCCCCCACCGAGAACACAGAUGGCACAUUCAGCCAAGACAGUCAUAUCCUGGUCAACACUUCGGAGUGGGAGGAUGAAAGGCUGUUCGCCUGCCAAGUGUGCCAGAAUGACCAGGCUCUGGUCCAGGCCAGCAGACAGCUGAGCAAGUUCGGAGAAGAGCAAUUGAGUUUGGGUGCCACAGUGUCCAGCUCCCUCCUCCUCCUUGCCUGGAAGUUGUUUCUUCUGGCUGCACUUUCUGCCAUCUAUGUCUGCAGGAUGUGCCACCGUUCCAGGUCACUGGCUUUGCAAAGGCAGCCCUCCUCAGUGACACAGGAUGCUCAGUCCCCUCCUGUCUUAUUCAAGAGGACUAGCCUACGAGGGGAACCUACUGUGAUGCCUGCAGCUGCUACCCCAGCUUCUCCUGCAUCCUCAGCCUUCUGAGACCUGUCCAGAACUGGCUGUCCCUCCCUGUCUCCUGCAGCCCCCAGAGGAGGAGAGAGCCUGGACCGGGAAGGUCAGUAGUGGGAGGUGGGCUCUCAUGCGAUAGCCAGGAAUGAAGUUUCUGUGGACAGUCUGACCUCAAAGUCCAUGACCCUGACCAAGAAACCCAGCAGAGGCAGAACAGGCCCCCGACCCAGAGGGAAACAAGUGUUACAAUUCUGAUGGCUUCUUCCUGGCUCUUCAAGGAAAGUCCAUUGUGGGCACCCAAGCCCUACCACGAAACUUUCACAGCCAUACCAUUAAAAGGGGGUUAAAUGAAACACUUAUGUUCAAUAACCACAUGAAGACACACCCAACCUCAUUAGGAAUCAGGAAAAGCCACAGCCAAAGUUACACUGAGAUGCUAUGUUGUCCCUGUUCAGAUAGCAAAAAUAAAGAAGCAAUUUUGUCUUCCUUA